GAGGAGGCCCUUGGAGUGGGUGAAAGGUGGAAGGGCUGUGUCAGGCACAAAAAAACACCCAAAGGCCACUGGCAGUACUGCUGGAUGCUGUACAACCUUCCUGCUCGCCCAGCUCAGGUGCCGGCUGCUCUGUGCUUGCUUGCAGCCGGACUGUCGGUGUGACUGUUUCUGUCCUGGACCAACUGCGUGGAAGAGUUUACACCACAAUUUGCGUGUUUCCUGCACAGUCUUUCUACAGGAAUGGCAGAAUAUCACUUUCAGCUUCCUCCGACAGACGGAACUCCGCUCUGCGCAAGCCUUUCACCCAAACCAGCUGUUUUACAGCCUCCAUCCAGGCUGCCCAAGAAGCGCCCCCCGCGCCGCAGAGACCACACCGCUACGGAAGUGCGGAGGAAAAAUUUCCCCGUCUCGUCCCGUUACCGCCUCUUUCCUGUAGGAUGCCCCGGGGAGCCCCACGGAGCCCAGCGCAGCCAAGGGGCCGCCUGGCCGCCUACCUGCCGGGGCGGCGGGAGCGGAGCGGGAUGGGAUGGAUCGGAAGGAGCCGAGCCGGGCAGUGACACCGCCGGGACACCCGAGGGGACCCUGCCGGGCCGGGGGGGGCGGAGCGAGAGGCGGGGCCGCAGGUGUUACCCCGCGACCGCGCUCGUCCCGCUACCCACGGGGAAGCCUGGGUGUCCCGGCGGAGGAAAGGGGGAGCUUCGGGAGCGGGAAUAA